AGUGGUGUUCUUUUUAAGUUUAGAAAAGUGUAAAAGAAGGAUAAAAAAUUCAUACUACACAUGGAAUUUUAUAUGCUAGUGAACUAAGUGGAUUAAAUACAAAAGACAUUCAAAUGGAUUUAUAAACACUUUUAAGCAGUAUGUAGCCAAACAGAGGAAAGACAAUGAAGUUGAUAUUGUAACUGUAUGGUAUAUAAACCAGAGCUGUAACCAUGGCAAUGAAUGGUUACCAUGACAACAGUGAGAGGGAGGAGGAACGAGGGUUGGAGGAUAUGAUAAAACUAGAUGUGUUGGAUGAGAGAACCAUUCUAGAAAACCUUCAAGCUAGAUACAAAUAUGACCAGAUAUAUACAUAUUGUGGCAGUAUUUUGGUGUCUGUCAACCCGUAUCAUAUGUUUAACAUCUAUGGACUGGACAUGGUCAAAAGAUAUGAGGGGCAGCCUAUUGGAUCCCUACCCCCACAUUUAUUUGCUCUUGCUAGCUCUUCCUAUGGCCGGAUGAUGAAGAACACAGAAAACCAAGUCAUUGUUAUCAGUGGUGAGAGUGGUAGUGGUAAGACUGAAGCUACCAAGUUAAUCAUGCAGUAUCUAGCAGCGGUCAACAAGUCCGGUAGCAACACUAUCACUGAACAGAUUCUCGAGGCUAACCCUCUACUAGAAUCCUUCGGCAAUGCUAAAACUAUCAGGAAUGAUAACUCCAGCAGAUUUGGGAAAUACAUUGAGGUGUUCUUUAAAAUGGGAUCCAUUGUUGGUGCCAGAACAUCAGAAUAUCUGUUAGAAAAGUCAAGAAUUGUGACACAGGCACCAGAGGAGAGGAAUUACCAUGUGUUCUAUGAACUGUUGGCAGGUCUUGAUGAUGACAGGAAGAAGAAAUUAGGCCUACAGCAAGCCAGCAAAUAUUUCUACCUAAAUCAGAGCUGUUAUGAUGACAAUAACCAGGGAGGAAGUUGCACAUUGUCUAGUCGUGAUGAUGCCAGUAAUUUCCGCAUGUUGUGUGACGCUCUGCACGUGCUCAACUUCUCCAAACACGAAGAAGAAACCAUUCACAAGAUCCUUGCUGCUGUCUUACAUACUGGCAAUAUAUACUUCAAGAAAAUUCUUGUUGAUAACCAUGAUACAGUGGAGAUGGGAAGUACAGCUGAGGUAAAAUGGAUUUCACAUCUUCUAGAAUUGUCAGAGGACUGGCUCAAACAAGCUCUUACACAGAAAGUUACAGAAACACGUGGGGACAGAGUUCUUACACCAUACAACAUAGAUCAGGCACUUGAUGCCAGAGAUGCGAUAUCUAAAGCAUUGUACAGUCGAUUGUUUACAUGGCUGGUAGAAAGAAUUAAUUUGAUUGUGUGUCGAUCUGAACGAGAGAAAUCCACGUCAUUGGCUGUCCUUGAUAUCUUCGGAUUUGAGGACUUUCAUGUGAACAGUUUUGAGCAGUUAUGUAUCAACUAUGCAAAUGAGACGCUGCAGUUUUUCUUCAACCAGCAUGUGUUCCGUCUGGAACAGAAAGAGUAUGCGAAAGAGAAGAUAGACUGGACUACUAUAGAAUAUCAGGAUAACCAACCUGUCAUAGAUCUAAUCGCUAGUAAACCAGCCGGAAUCUUACAUAUACUCGGUGACGAGUGUAACUUUCCUCAGGCAACAGAUGGAUCAUUUUUAGAGAAGUGCCACUUUCACCACAGUGAUAACGGUCUGUACGGGAAGCCCCGUAUGUCAGCACCAGAGUUCAGUAUCAAACACUAUGCUGGAAAAAUCAAAUAUAAUAUUGUCCAUUUUCUGGAGAAGAACAAAGACACACUGAGAAGUGAUGUUGUUGAACUUCUUUGUGAAAGUAAAAAUAAGUUGAUAGCACAGAUGUUCAAAGAUAUGAGGGACAGAUUAAUAACAAAAACUUUAAGUAAAACAACGGGUCGCUUUGUUACAAUGAAGCCUAGAACACCGACAGUGGCGGCAAACUUCUGUGAAUCACUGUUAUCACUUAUAGACACAAUGUCUCGGUGCAAUCCAUACUUUGUGAGGUGUCUUAAACCAAACAAUGAUAAAUCGCCUAUGACAUUUGAGAGAAAUGUGGUGUUAGAUCAGUUACGAUAUACAGGAAUGUUGGAAACUAUACGAAUACGGAAGCUGGGAUUCCCAAUUCGUGUCAAAUUCCCGCAUUUCAUUGAAAGGUACCGAUGUUUGUUGAGAGGUCAGAGAAUCCAUGUGACACAUCUACCUACAGACGUUUGUCUUAUGAUAUUAAACACACAGCAUGCCAGCUUCUCACACCUCUACAGAAUAGGAGCAACCAAGGUGUUCAUGAAGGAGGUGUUCGAGCACCAUCUUGACAUGGAGGCUCGUAAGAUUCACUUGAAAGCUGCGCUGUAUAUCCAGAAGUUUGCUCGCAUGUUCUUGGCUCGACGGAAGUUUCUCCUCAUACACAAGAAGACUGUUGAGAUACAAGCUGGAAUCAGAAUGCAUUUGGCAAGGAAAAGAUUUAAUGUGAUACAACAUGGAAUUAUUCAAGCACAAGCUCAGUUUCGUAUGUACCGUGAGAGGAAAAAGUAUCUAAAGACAAGAGAAGAAAUAAAGAGAAAACAAGAGCACGAGCAAAGAGAAAAACAAAGAGAAAACGAGAGAAUCAAAAUGGAGAGAGAAAGAAGGGAAAAAAUCAUGAAGGCUGAAGCUAGCAUUUUAAAUCUGGAGAUACCAGGAGAACUGGCCUAUGUUUACAACAAACUAGAUGGUUGGAAGGCACCACACAGUGACAGGCAGAUUAUUUCUGUAAUUGGAGAUGUUAUCCCCAUGGAUAUGAACUAUCGGUUACCAGGUGACAUCAACUCACAUGCUUUCAGCAAGUACACUGGUGUAUAUUUCAAGAAUCCUGAUUGGGGUGUCAGUGUAGAACCAAUUAAAUCAGCAUUGACCAAAGUACAGGGAGACCAGAACAACAGACUGGCACAAUCUGUAUUCAAACUGAUUUUGAAGUAUAUGUAUGACCAUAACCUAGGAGACAGGCAAGAAAAGGCCAUGGCAGAUUAUAUUGUUCAACUGGGUUUACAAAAUGAGGGUUUGAGAGAUGAGAUAUAUUGUCAGAUAGCUAACCAGACAUGGAACAACCAGAGAGUGAACACAGCAGAACGUGUGUGGCAGUUGAUGGCUCACACUCUUAGUGCCUUCCCGCCAAGUCCAACUCUCUAUAAAUAUCUCCUCAAAUAUGUAUCCGAUGUUGGUCUAGAUGGGUAUAAAUGGUUUUGUCAACACAAAGCCUUGCAAUGUGCCAACAUCGAGCCACAACUAAGUAGAGUCUACCCUCCUUGCCUCCUGGAGUGGAGAGCUGCUCAGAGGAAAGCCAAUAUGGCACUGGAAGUUAGAUUUGCUGAUAAUGCUACAAUGAUUGGUCAUGUGGAGUCAUGGACUUCAGGGGAGGAGUUUGCCAAGCAUUUAUUAAACCAGAGAGGUUUACGUGAGAACAACAUGGGCUGGACGGUAGUGUUGCAGGAAGACAUGGAUUACUAUGAGUUGAUGGGAUAUGACUACGUCCUUGACCUCAUUAGUGAGAUGGAAAUUCCCCCAGGAUUCCCGGUGUGCAGGUCACAUUUCCUUGUAUCCUCUGAUAGAACUCGAGAACCACUUUCUCUUCAGAGAAACUUCUACAGUGAAUCGCCACAUCACCCAGAGCGGGAAAGACAUAUGCUUAUGAAAGGCAAACUUCCAGAGCCAAUGAAAAUUGAUAUUACAAAGAUAGAGCAGCGCAGUAUCAAACAACGCAGUAUAAAUGGUGAGAGAGUAGGUGAAGAGGACCAAGAGAGUGGUGUUGAAUUCUCUAUGACAAGUGUGCUGAAUAAACGUCCACAUGGUGUCAGCGUUGAUGGACUUUCAGACAAUAAAUUGAAUUUGAGAUACACAAAGCGGAAAGCUGCCCCAAGUCCACCAAUAGCUAACGGACAUUUGAUUGCUAAUGGCUAUGUUGUAAAUGGUGAUAUAAGUGAAAACGGGCAUGAUUUGUCGCAAACACAUCUGAACAGAAGAUAUAAUAAUGGUGUUAAUGGGGAUGAUAUGAGUAACACAAAACUGAAUCAGAGAUAUUUACGCAUGACAAAAGUGAGUGGUAGACAGGGUGCCGCUGAUAAAAUUGCUCGUAAAACACAGCGAGAAGACCGUAAUGUAGGGUCUAUGGACAAUGUUUCUGUGGCAACAGGACAUUCUGACUGGUCACACUGGGUAGAAGAUGUGUUCAGUAACGCCCUCAAUGAGCAUGUUGACGGAUUGUCAGAUGCUCGCUCAGUGGAGAACCGCCUUAAAGGUGGCGGUAAAGGAGGUGGUGAUGGGGUACCAGGACCACAGUUUCAGAGUGGUCCAGGUGGUAUGCAGAAUGGUGGUAUCACUAUUCCUAUACAGCAAAUGCCGGUGAAUGGUGGGCUACCAAACAUGAUACCUUCACCCCUCAACCUUUCAGCCUCAAGUAUUGCUCCUCCACUAACACCUCAGCAGGUCGCUGCUCAACAACAGGCCAUGUUUCAGGCUUAUGCUCAGGCACAGGCCCAGCAAAGACAACAGCAGGCUAUGCUACAGGCUGCUUUCCAGCAACAGCAGCAGCAACAGCAUCAACAACAGAACCCGCAACAGUUUGCUGCCCUGCAACAACAACAGCAGUUGCAACAAAUGUUACAACAACAACAAAUGUUACAGGCAGCCAUUCAGCAACAACUACAGCAGCCUGCCUCACAACAACUUGUCAGUCCAAAUGCAAGUUUUAACUCACCACAAGCUUCAGCAGUAGGGUUUUUUGCUGGAGGCUCUACUCAACCUACAUUUACCAGUGAAAGCCAGCAGUCAAGAAUGGUGGCUCCAGUUCCAGUGAGCGCAGUGAGUCGUGAAUUACCUAUCACAGUACAGGGCUCGCAACAAGAGCUUGAUAGUAGUGGAGCUAAACGUGUGUUUAAAUUUAAGCAUCAUUAUGAGAAAGAAACUGUCAAUGCUAAUCAGGGAGAAGCGGUUGCACAUAGACAGGUUUCACCACCACCCCCACCCCCUAUACAGUUUGCAGAUCAGACACCAAGAAUGGCCCCUGCACCCCCAGCCCCACCCCCGCCUCCUCCACCUCCGGUCAUUGAUGCUGAUUCAUUUGACCAUGACAAAGGGACAUUCACAUUCAGAGACCGUAAAGGUAGAGCACGCACAGUGCGUAUUGGACGUGUAAUAUGGCCGCCACCCCAGGAUAAAGAAGAGAAGAAGGUCAGAGAUGUUGGAAGACUUGAAAUUGAUGAAAAGGUUCAGAGGGAACUUGAUGAAAGGAUGAGACCUACCAAUGCCAUAAACAAACCAGAGUCUCCAAAACCAGCGAAGAAAGUAAAUGAACAUAAAAAGAAACAGUUAGCUGAGACAGUUCACCUGGCAACCUUACAACUUCUGGAGCAGAAACUAGGUGGAGCCCCUGAACCACCUAAAGCCAUCACACCACCCCCUCCACCAAAAGUUGAGCCCACUCCUCCUCCCCCUCCCUUGAUGCCACCUCCCAAGAUGCCCCCACUAAAGACCCAUCAUGUAAAGAUGGAGCGGGUGAAGCUGGAGCAUACCACUCAGACCACUACUACUGUUAUUACUUCCACAGAGGAGCCCCUCCCACCUGAGCCUGAAGUGAUAGACUAUAGAUCAUUGGAGCUGGUUAUUACAGACCUGUACAGACAGAACAAGGAUACAUAUCUUAUGUACCAUAAUGUACCUUGGACAGUCCAUUGUAGGAAAGAGGUGUUUAUGCCUGGAGAGAGACUAGAUAACCCACUAGCGCUGCACCUUGUGUUCUGUCAGGUAGUACAGGACGUGUACAAUAGUGGCUGUAUACGUAUAAAUAAAGAUGAAAGAAUCAAAAUGAGAGGAAUGCUAGAGAGUCAUGGAAUAAAUGCAGGUAACUAUCUGACAGGGACAUUUAAGCCUCAGGUGAAAAGGAUUAUAGUGGAUACAGCAAAGGAAUGGCCAACAUAUUUCUGUCGACUCUUCCCUGUGGCUUCAAGCGGACAUCUUGCUGGUAUUCACUAUGUCGGAGUAAGUCACUCUGGUAUCUACCUGGUACAGCGAGUGAAAAGUCUGGUUGAAGACUACCUCGAUGUCAUUGAACAUAUCAAAUUUGAGGAUGUGGUGGACAUUGUUAUGCCGUCACGUACAUCUAUACAGAUCAGCACUAAGAAUAAGCCAUAUGUUUUCUACACAAAUAGAGCACAGCAAUUGAAGGAUAUGCUGGACUUGUACCUGAAUGAAACUGACAGGAGCAAUAGAUAUGUUGUUGCAAUGAAAGAUUACAUAACAAGGGAGAGCACUUUACUGUCCUUUAAACGUGGUGAUGUCAUCAAACUGAUGGAUGCUGAUGUGGAUGAAGGUUAUGCUCGAAGAGGUUGGUUGUAUGGAAUAUCAAAUGGUGUGUAUGGAUAUUUCCCAGCAGAGAUGGUCAAACCUUUGGCAAGACAUGAAGUUGAUUAUGCUAGAAGAGAGGCCAUUGAAAGAACACCUAGUUUUAGAAGUCAACAGCAGCCAACAGCUCAUUUGUCAGAAACUACAGUCCAAAAAGUUAUCCAUAAAUCACACAAUACAAGUCGGGAGGACUCACGUGAAAUGGCGAGAGACGGUGCAAUAUUACGUGAUGCUCUUCCUGCACCGGACAACCGUAGUGAAACUAGUCAAGGUACUAUGGUACCGGAUGGCAAGUUUUCCAUGAUGGAGUUUGCUCUCUUACACUUCCGAGAGAGUGUUGACAAGUACGACUUGUUACGUCCCAACAAUGGUUCGGUACACGGCACAAUAAAAUCUAUCGAGAAACUGAAGCUGCAUAAUCUACAGAAACAUGAGAGACAUCGCCGAGGUUCCGGUGACUGGACAUGGAAAGAACAGGCUGAGAUGGUUAAAUGGACAAGGUCACCAAUACAGUCUUCACUACUCAAGCUAGAUAAUCCUGAACUUCACAAACUGGCACUUGAAUGCUUUAUCUGUAUAAUGAAGUUUAUGGGAGAUUAUCCUAUGUCAUCUAACCAGACAGAGAUGGACUGUGCACUGAAAGUUCUCAGGGCAUGUCACAAGUAUCCGGAGUUACGAGACGAGGUGUAUUGUCAGUUGUGUAAGCAGACAACAAAUAAUAGGAGCAUGAAACCGAAGAGUUGCAUUAUGGGUUGGAGAUUAUUUGCCAUUAUUGCUGCGUAUUGUGACUGCUCAGAGGGUUUCCGUCCAUAUUUGUUCAAAUACCUUGAGACUGUUGCCUCCGAUACUCAAAGAACAUACAGCGGUGCUGCCGCAAUCUGCCUCCAAAAUCUACGAAAAACUUUCAAAUAUGGAGGGAGGAAAAAUGUGCCAUUAAAAGAAGAAAUAAACGCUUUAGCUAAUGGAAGAAUAUCAAAGAGAUUUUCGUUCAUCUACAGUGGUUCAGAAAGAGAAGGAAUGCUACAUAUUAAGCCAUGCACAGUUGUAAGAGACUGUACAGAUGAUAUUUGUCAACGUCUGGACGUAGUGGACCAGGUGGAGGUGGAAGAGUACACAGUGUUCCUACGUACUCGAGAUGGGCAGUUUAGUAGACUGCGUAACGAAGAGUAUAUUUUGGAUGUCACGGCUGAGUUGCUACGCAGCAGACGUGACUACGAUCUUGUCUUCCAGAGAACCGUUUGGUAUUUCCCGGUCAGAGUGUCUGAUAACCUGCUCUAUAAUGAACUUAUGUACUUCCAGUGCCUACCAGACUACCUGGAUGGUCUACUUGUUAUGACAAGAGAUGGUGCUUUAAAUAAACAAUAUGAGAUGGAUAUCCAGUUUUUGGCAGCAUUGUUGCACAGAGCCUCGGACCAUGUCAACAUGCCUACCUUACGUGACCUUGAGCAUCUGCUUCCAGAGAUUGUUCGAGUGUUACCCAGCUAUAAGAGUCAGCACUGGUUAAAUCGUAUACAUGAUGAGAUGAAAACAGUCAUUAAACAUACACCCCCUGAGUGUAUGGCCAAAUUUAUAGAGGUGCUUGCACAGUGGCCUUUGUUUGGAAUUACUUUCUUCAGAGUGAAGAAAGUGUUAACACAGCCCAUGUAUGGAGAAUGUAUUCUUGCUGUGAACAAGACCGGCAUUGUCUUCCUUGAUAUUCGGUCACAUGAGAUUUUCCUACAGUAUAGUUUCGGAGAAGUUCUUUCAACACGACGUUACCGUAGUGACAGUAAUCAAAACUACCUGGACAUGAAACUUGGUAAUCUUAUGGUCCAGAAAAUAGUACGCAUAGAGACUGAACAAGGCUCAGAUAUCUCAAAUCUGAUUGGCCAAUACAUGCAGGUGAUCAAUCGUCAUCGGAAACGACCUGUAGAACGUGGGGUGGUCAGCGCUCCAUACCAGACACCGAGAGAGCAGUCGUACUGAAAAAUAUAAAGUGGACAAUUUACCGUAUCGACACAACCUGCUUAUAGAUGCAAGUUAAAUGUUGACACAAGUUCUAUGCGGCUAUGUAUGUGUUCAAUAACAUAGUUAUUGUUUGUAACGAUGUACAGUUAUUCCAUAUAACGAUGUACAGUUAUUCCAUUUAAAAAUGUACAGUUAUUCCAUAUAACAAUGUACAGUUAUUCCAUAUAACAAUGUACAGUUAUUCCAUAUAACAAUGUACAGUUAUUCCAUAUAACAAUGUACAGUUAUUCCAUAUAACAAUGUACAGUUAUUCCAUGGAUUGUGAGAAAGGAAGCCAUAGCAAGUGCUGUAUAACCAUUGCCAAAUAAUGACUUGAACUUAAAAAAAAACUAUAUUUUAUAGAUAUAUAAUUAUCCUAUAGUCUAAAAGUAUCUGCUGUGAUGUGAUUUGUUGGUAAUCAAAAAUGUUUAUAUUUGUGUUAGUUUGUAUAUAUAUGUUGUUUUGUAGACUGUGUGAAAUUGGGACCCUAUAGUUUACUUGUUAGUAUUCAGAUAUUUUGACACAAAGUUAAAUAAAACAAAUGUUAAGGCUACAUUUACAGUUAUUAUAUGUAGUGUUAACUAAAAAUCCAAAGACUGGAUUCAUAAUUGAGGCCUAAGGUAAUUUAUGUUUGUUUCUAUUAUUAUACCAUCAGGCAGGAAGUCUGCAUUCUUUAUAGUAUGUAAUAUAUUAUUUUUUGUCUGGGAGUAAGCAUCUUUACCAUGAGUGCUUUCACUGGUAAAUGUAUUAAACUUUGAAUGAACACUUAAUUUGACAGAGAUUUUGCUGUUCUAUAAACAUAAGCCUUUCAUUAUUGUGAUUGGUAUAUAUUUGUCAGUGAUAAAAGAUCCAGUUGUAAAAGAUUUAUAUGAAAUAUAUUUUGGACAUAUGCUUUUUAUUACAUUGACGCAAAAUGUUGAUGAAGUAUCAAUUAUCACAAACUAACAAACCAAGAGGAGUUUACCAAAAACUGGGUGAGGGUAUCAUUCUGUUGCCAUUACAACAAGGGGCAAAAUUACCCUGCAUUUUCUAUUGAAGUCCAUUUACAACAUCAUGCAUUUUCUAUGGAAGGCCUUUGAUGCCAUUGAUAUUGUUGAUGUGAAUAUACUGCUGACCUUCAAAACAUUCCCUUUAAUUCCAUAUGCAAAAUCAUUUACAUUGAAUAUUAUAUAUUAUAUUGAGUGAGUUUAUUUGAUAUUUAUACCCGCUGUUUUUGUAUAUAUAUUCUACAUCUACAUUUAUUUAUAUCUGUUUUUUAUUUAAGGUGACAGAGAAAUGUGCUUUCUUGUUUUUUUCUCGUUUUUUUUUCUUCUAACUUUAUAUAUUUCUUUGUUAUUUGUUUUAAAUGACUGCUUUGGAAUGAAGUUUAUUUUGAUUAAAUAUCAAAACCAGUAUACAUAUACUAUUUAUUCAGAUUUUUCUUUUGAUAUUAGCUGGCCUGCAAUUUAUGAAUCAAAACAAUUUUUGUAUAAUGUAUACUGUACAUUAAAGCCUUACUGAUACAACACAAACCUCUUGCAUGUUAUCACAUACCUUUCAUACAUCCGGAAAAUAACAAGUUAAAAAACUUACAGCAUAUAUUUACAUUUGUUACCAAAUUUACUUCAUAGUUUAUUUGUAAAUUAAUCUGUUUUUGUUGUUUUUGUUUGUUAUUGAUAAAAUUCUUAUCAGGUUUUAUCAUAGUUUUGUAUGUAUCAUAUCUAUGGGAGUUCUGCUGUUAUUGUGCCUAGACUUUGUUAUUUAGACUCGGACAUUGAUAAUUUUUUCAGCUGGGUUAUAUGGCAUGUUGGUGUGACAUGGCAUGUUGGUGUCAAACUUCUCUCCAAGAUGAUGAUAUAGAACUGUCAUUGUCAUAUGAAAGCAUGUUAAAGUUAUCUUUAUACCUUAUCAUUAAGCCAAAGUUUAUUAUUACCUACUUUGGUCAAUUGUUUCAGAUUUUAGUUUGUCUGUCAAUCUGUCGUUCUGUAUUAAACUGGAUUUCAACUUUAGAGAUUUGAGAGAUCCUUGAGUUGUUUCAAUCCUGAGAUGAUUAAGAGCAUGAAGUUUAGAUUGUUGACAAUACAGACAUUACAGUGCUGUAUUCAAAAGAGCAUGUCACACUGAACUUUUGACCUAAUUUAUCAAUAUCUGAUCAAAAUGAUCAUUAUGCCCCUUGAAAAAGCAUACCUUUGAACUUUUUAUCUAAGUUACCAAUAUUUGCUUGUGAUUCAGAAUAAAGACCUUUCUUUCUAUAAGAAUAAGAUAGGUAGUAAGUCAUAAUGACCUUGACCUAUAAUGACCUUUUACAUGUUGUCAUUUGGUUAAACUUGGCUUUUCAAACAGCUGUGUCGUCAAUAUCAUUUGUUAAGGUUUUAUGUUAAAAAAAUUAUAGACUGUAUCACACAAUUAUAUAUUCUUUAUGUGCAAUUAUAUAAUAUUAUGUAAUGAUCUGACAAGUAAGCAAUUUGCAUAUUUAACAACAUGCUUAGGUGAUAAUAUAUUUUUUAUAUUGCAAAGGAAAUAAAUAUAUUAUAAAGCAUU